AUGUCCACCCACCAAUAUCGCUCCCAUGGUCAUCGGACAGAAAGAGACGACAAUGACGAUUAUUUGUUCCAACGAUUUCUGGUUGAAUCAGACACUAGGCCAAAUAGAGAACCAUCGCCUACAACUGAACAGUCUCAACAAGAACUACAGCAAGAUGUGCAGCAAGCCAUCGAUGGCAUAUUCAAUUCCCUUAGAAGGAAUAUGAGUUCGUCCUCUAAUAUAAACAGAGCUACUAACGUGGACCCAAGGAGAGGCGGAAACGAAGGAAUUAAUGUAGAUAACAGAAGGGCCGCAAACGCAAACGCAGUCGAUUCGCCGUUUUUAGCAAGACAGCAAAGUCCUCUUAGAACUUUUCUUAGAAAUCUAUUCAUUUUAGAUUACUUUAUUGGACUAAUACUAUUCCCGUUUUCCGUGUAUAACAUAUUGAGAAGUGGAUUCAAUUCAAUGACUUUUUCCGAGAAUGACUUUAUAAUUGAAAUUGUGGGGUACUGGAAAUUCGCGAAAAUUUUUGGUUCAAAUGGCACGACACUUAUUGCCUAUAAAGAUACAGGCAAAUUGGGACUACUUGGCAAAUUUCAUAAUAUUAUCGUAUUUUAUUCUUCCCCGAUGAUAAAAUUUAUAAUGAAAAGUGCCAAUGGUAAUGAAUCAAAGAUGGACUGGCUAAAACAAAUGUUUUCCAAAAUCUUCGAAUUAUUCGUGAAAUUCUCUACCAUCUUAAUAUAUUUAAUCUAUGGCGUGAGCGGUACUAUAUACAUGGUUACUGCAGGAUUUUUUUUUGUACUGUGUCUCUUGUUUACUGUUAUCAGAAGAUAUAAAGGCGUUCAUAGAAUACUGGUAAGCCAAAGAAUGUCAGGGCCAACUGUUUUUUAA